CAUCCACGCACACACUCACCGGAGUCACUGUGCUUCCAGGCAUCGGGCUGCUUUUCUCUCCUCGCACCUCCUCAGUACAUGCUCAUUCUGAGGGGCGCCAGCAGACCUCUCCUGCCGGUGCACCUUCUAAGAAACUCACCUUUUUCUUUUCCUCCUUGUUGCUUACCUGCUGCUGCUUUUGGAUUUACGGAGAAGAGCGAGCAGCGUGGGCGCGUAACUCCCGGAAUCAUGGAAUUAUGGAUAAAGUUGAUGUUGUUGUGCAGCUGCUGUUUGGGAGCAAGUGCAGACUUCGAUGGCAGGUGGCCACGGCAGAUGGCAUCAUCCAAUGGACUGUGCCGAUACGGGGCCAGGGUGGACUGCUGCUGGGGAUGGACGCGCCGCUCCUGGGGUCACUGCCAGCCUCUCUUCGCCUUAACUCACAGAGUAGUCGGGAUAAGGUGCCAGCCCCAAGCUGUGUGUCAGCCUGGCUGCAAGCAUGGAGACUGCGUGGGACCCAAUAAGUGCAAGUGCCAUCCCGGCUUCACUGGCAAGACCUGCAAUCAAGAAGAGGCGCUGGACUAUUUAACCCCACCAGUGUGGGCCGGUCGCCUUCCUAUCUUUCUUCCCGUGGACCAUCAGCCAGCGAGAGUAGUGACGGAGGACCUGAACGAGUGUGGGCUGAAGCCGCGGCCCUGUAAACACAGGUGCAUGAACACGUACGGGAGUUACAAGUGCUACUGCCUAAACGGCUACAUGCUGAUGCCUGACGGGACCUGUGGAAACGCUCGCACUUGUGGCAUGGCCAACUGCCAGUAUGGCUGUGAGGUGCUGAAAGGAGAGGUCCGAUGUCAGUGUCCAUCGCCCGGGCUGCAGCUGGCUCCAGAUGGAAGAACCUGCGUGGAUGUGGAUGAGUGUGCAGCAGGGAUAGCGGUGUGUCCCAGGUUCAGGAAAUGCAUCAACACCUUUGGGAGCUACAUCUGCAAGUGCCACGAAGGGUUCGACCUGCAAUACAUCAACGGGAAAUACCAGUGCAUAGAUGUGGAUGAGUGCUCUUUAGGUCAGAGCCACUGCAGCAGCUUCGCCACCUGCUACAAUACACCAGGCUCAUACAAGUGCAAAUGCAAAGAUGGCUACAGGGGGAUGGGCCACGACUGUAAACCCAUUCCUAAGGUGAAUAUUGACCCUCCGAGACCAGGCAAACUGCCUCCAAAUCAUCACAACUACAUCCCAGACUUGGAUCACAAGAGGACCACCACCGUCCGCCCGCCGGUGACUCAAAGGAGGAUCUUCCCCGUUAUUCCCAAAUCGCCAACCACCACCACCACCACCACCACUACGAGAACCACCACCACUACCAAACCACCUCUGCCUCCAAAGAGGGUCACCCCACCUCCACGCAAGCCGGCGGUUCCCACCAGAAAGCCCUUUGUUCCCACGAGGAAGCCGUCAAUGCCCACACGCAGACCGUACAUCCCACCGAGGCCAGUAGCUCCCACCAGACCUCCCUUGCCUCAGCCACCGGUCACACCUGUAGACAACAGCAUCCAGAAGGAGGUCACCAAACAGAGAGGGGAUGUCCACAUUCCUCGGAACCCCGGCCACAACACUGUCCUCGACAUUGACUUUGACAUUGAGCUCGGCAACACUGCGGAUGAAGCCAAGGAUGACCCAGCGUCGGGGUAUCUGAGCUGCUCCUUUGAUGACGGUCUUUGUGGUUGGAUCAGGGACAAAGACGGAGACCUUCACUGGGAGACGACGCCUGAUCCGUCAGGCGGGCGGUACCUCACCAUUCCCGAAGCAGGAAACAAGAGGACCGGCCGAGGCGCCCGGCUGGUCCUCCCACUCACCCCUCCCUGGAACGACGGCAAUCUGUGCCUGUCAUUCCGGCACAAGCUGGCAGGUCACCAUGUGGGAAUGCUUCAAGUGUUUGUGAAGAAGGGGAAGCAGUACAGUCCGGCAGUGUGGGGUCGAACAGGUGGAAAUGGCUGGAGACACACCCAGAUCACACUAUGGGGCACGGGCCUGGAAAGUGUGAUCCUGAAGGGGGAGCGUGGGCGAGGCAGGAGCGGGGAGAUGGCUGUGGACGACAUCACCUUGAGGAAAGGCGCCUGCACAGAGGAGCACAAUCUGAGGAGACUCUGACUGACAGAACAGAGGAAGGCAGACAGAAAACAUGAGGGAGAAUCAUCUCAAAGAGAACAGACUCUGUUGUGACACCCCCUCACUCUGCCUUGGCGCUCACUGAUCCCCUCCCUCCCUCCUUCCUCCCUCCUUGCUCCCCCUCCUCCCAGCCAUCACGUGAACGGUACCCAAAAAAUUGUGUGUCUGCAGAACAUUGUUUUUUUUUUCCUCUUUUUCUCGACUGUCUGUGAAUAUAAAAGGACUGAAGCUAAUCUCAUGGGCGGAUCCUGGCAGCGCACCCCUCGGCCUCUCUCUUGCUCUCUCUCUCUCUCUCACUCUCUCUCUCUCACUCCGUCACCUUGUUACUCUGAAACCUGCAUGCACCUACUUACCAUGGAAAUGUCCUCCACCUAACACAGCCCUGGCAGCCCUCCAGCCACACCUCUGAGAGGCCCACAUUCACUUCAUUUCUUCCCGGAGAGGAUCUCUUCCUUCAUUAUGGAGUCCACUUUUGCUUUGCUUUGAUCCUCUUUCACCACGAGCCAUUGCUUUUUUUAUUUUUUAUUUCUUUUAUUUGCUUGAUGGUAAAAUAUGUGGCCACGGGUGCAGUUUGUGACUGUUCAGCAAAAUAUCAGAACAUUUCCUUGAGGGUUAGAGAUGAAAAAAUAAUGCAAACCACAAAUUGUAUUUGUCAAAAUUCACUCCAAAUCUGAUACAGACCGAUAGUAUUAAACCAAUUUGCCAUUCAGUUUAACCUGCUUUUGUUGGUCAAAUCUGAGUUUUUGGUGUUUUUUUUAUAGCAAGUUGUUUUUUCACGGCUUUUCUUUUGUUGUCACAGUAUUUCAAAGAUCUGCUUGGUAGAAGAGAGUUUAAGUAUUUAGCACCUUUUCUAUCCUGACCUUUUAUCGAAGACUCGUAAAGUUUAUUUAAACUCUCUGCGAUCACGCUCGUCAGAUACUUGAAACGUGUCAAACAGAGUCGGUGUAUCAUUUUUUUGACACUUGCAACUCAACAGUUACUUUCUAUUAUACAGUAUGUGCUUUGUUAUAUUAAGUGCAGUUUGUUAUAAAGACAAUGAUGCCGACGACUUUUUAGGCUUUCACAAAUUGUAUUAUUGUAAAUGUAGUCGUGUGUACAUACUCUAAAGAUGUACAAUUCCAUUUGUUGUGUGGUUUGUAUGUCGUGUAAAUUCAUGCACAAGUAUUAAUUGGAUUUCAAGUGGUUGGUUAUUUCAACAUUUAAAGAACAUGUACGCAGAUGGAAACCUUGCGCAGUGCAAGGCUGUGUGUAAAGUGCGCAAAAAUAUGUGUGUGUUCAUGUGGUAUAAUGCUCUGUCUGUUACUUGCAAAGCACAUAAUUGCAUAUUGUAUGCUGUGAUAAUGAAGGGCAUCGGCUGGAAUUUAAAGGUUUUCUGUAUGCAUGGAUGCAUUCACCAAAUUCAGAUUUAUCCAGACCAGUAUGUAAAUAAAAGACAUUUGACUGACGUAUUAUGAAA